CUUGUAGCGGUUUUCAAAGACGUAGGAGUCUGUCGGAUACAGUGAAUGCUGAGUAUGUACUUUGGUAUGUCCGCCUAGCCUUAACCUGUCAUUGACGUUCAUGUUGGAUUUGUUAAGGGUGUGUAUAGACGCGUUAAAAAAGUACAAAAUGGCUCAUCUCGUUUCGUUGUCCGCAUCCGACGAAAAAUUGGGAUUGUGAAAACUGUGACCCAGCGUGCCGUCCGCGGUAGCUCGAAAACUUGUUGUCGUGUAGUAGAGCCGACGUGACACUUGCUGAAAGGAGGCUUGGUGAGAGUCGCGUGGUCGCCUCCGUUUUCGCUAACGAAGCUGUUCCGAGAGCCGGUCAUUGAAGCAGCGCUGACAGCUGCGAUAACUGUUCGACGUCGCACGUCGCUGGCGAGAUAGGAGGGAUCCGUGUAUGCAACUCGCUCCAGCGCUAAGCCGGAAGGUAGGGUUUCCGGAGAGGACGCAAUGCCGCCCGAUACGGUGGGAACGGAGCUGGAUGAGGUAAGAUGAAAUGAUGACCUUGACACAGAUUGAGCAUUCUGUUUCUCCUAACAUGAAAUAUUGCAAUGUUUUGUCUUUUCAUUUUUUUACAGUCGUAUUCUACAGUAUCCCGGGGAGAUGAAUCAAAGAUCCUUUACAUCCGAAAAAGGUUGUCGUAAGCGUCACAGAUGCACCGGCUACAACGGAUUCAAGAGCUACAGACUCAAGGACAGCAGAGGCAAUAGUUAUGGUUCUCAAUGAUUUCAGUAACAUCUUCUACGUCUACGUCUCUCGUUGUGCGUUAGGAACCUUGUCGAAAAAAUGAAACACAUUUUCGAGUUUCGACCUGCCCGCUUGAAGAUAGGGUUGUUUCUUGAGUCGUCAAGUGCUCGUCGGUCUAAACUUUGCGCACCGAAGACACCGAGUGCCACACCAAAAGUAGGAGAAACACUAGGUGCGUCUCCGUCAAGCCCUACAAAAGACACUUCCGGCGCGGUCGUUUCUACCACGGGGAGCCCGGUGAAGUUAUGUCUGAGAAUCUUCUAUCUGAUAGAGAGUACUCAGGGAGCAUUAUAGGUCGUGUCCGCAGCGCGCUUCAGAGAAGGCGAGGAUCGUGCAAUAUCAACGCAGUUCCUUGGGUGCAGCCGACACUUGUACCCAACGUGAUCAAACAUGAGCCAAGUAAGUGUCAUCCCCCUGCUCUAAUACCACUCAAAGAUGUAGAUUCAUCCUUGAUAUGUCCACCAGCUGGCAGCGAGCAAGCAGGUGGUUCUGAGCCUAGUCAGCGGAAAGCAGAACCUCCACCAGAAACGAAAGCGCUAUACGAGAUAUGGCCAGGGCAGAACAAAUUCUUCUGCUAUGGCAUGUGUGUUACGGUAUCGAUGUUUUUUUCGUUUUCCCAGACAACGUUCGUUGUUUUUUCUGAAAUAGAUACUGACGGAAGAGUAACAACUGCGUAGACGACGUACUAGCACACAGUUUGGGCCUUCCCACGAGCCCCGCAUUGUCAACCUGAAAACAAUUUUCCCCUCGUUCCACCAGGCCAAAGAAACCGAGACGUUUAGCUUCGUGGAAGCGUGUUGUGACCUUCUGUCACUGUGCUUUCCGUGCUGCACAUUCUGCAACCCGGAUAAUUGGAUAACAGUGCGAGACGGACCGGAUCCUGUGAGAACAUUUUCGAGUGCGCAUAUAUGCGCAUGGUUCUCGCUAUUGAUGCCGAUGAUAUUAAGGUCCAGGUCUGCCAAAUGAGAAAGAUAUUGAUGAUGAAGAAUUUUCAGUGCCAGCAGUAGCAGUAUUGUUCCAUUGAUUCUCUAGUAAAGGUAAAGAAGUCUUCGUGUCAGUGCUGGCAUUCAUUUCUAAAAUUGAUAUCUUCGGGCGUUGAAUUCAACUUCGAGUAGAGAGAGAAAAUCGGUAAGCUUUUUGCUGGCGCAGCUCUAAUCUGAUUUUUCUGCACUUUCACGUAUAUGGAGC